AUGCAACUUUUCCCAGAAAAUGUGAGGCACCUCUGGAACGUGUGGGAGCUUCGGGCUACGGUUCUAAUCAGCCUCACCUUGCAAACCAUCCUCAUUCUGAUUGGAAACUGGAGAAAACAUUCAACCAGUAACUUCCUCAGAAUUGUUCUAUGGCUCUCUUACUUAUCCGCCGACGCCGUGGCAACAAUCUCACUUGGCAUACUCUCCAACAACCAAGAAGACUCUCAAGGUGAUUCUGUGCACCCAAACUAUAUAAUAACAGCAUUUUGGGCACCAUUUCUUCUCUUGCAUCUUGGUGGCCCAGAUACCAUCACUGCUUACUCUUUAGAAGACAAUGAGUUGUGGCUAAGGCACUUACUUGGGCUAGUUGCCCAGGUGCUUGUAGCUUUCUAUGUCUGCUUCAGAGCAUGGUCCAGCAAAGCGUUGAAUUUUCUAGCAAUUCCAAUGUUCAUUGUUGGGAUUAUAAAAUUUGGGGAGAGGACUUGGGUUCUGAGGGCUUCAAGCAGUGAGCUAUUUAGAGAGUCUAUGCUCAAAAAUCCUGACCCUGGUCCCAAUUAUGCCAGAUACAUGGAAGAAUACAUAUCAAAGAAAGCUGAAGGGUUCAGGGUUGUACCAACACAUUUCAUUGAAGCAUCCACAAGUGCAGAGGCUUCCCCUAUUACUCAAGUUAAUGGCACUACCCAACCUACAAUCUUAACAUCCUACAAUUUCUUCAAAACUUUCAAGCUGUUAUGUGCUGAUCUCAUCCUCAGCUUUCAUGAUAUCGUAAACAGCCAAUCCUUCUUCCAAAAUACAAACUAUGAGGAAGUUUUCGAAGUCAUCGAGAUCGAGCUAGGAUUCAUGUAUGAUUUGUUUUUCACUAAAGCAGUCCUGGUUUAUUCAUGGCUUGGAGGCAUACUUCGUUGUGUUAGUCUUUCCUUCACAGUUGCUGUAUUGGUCGCCUUCUUGUUUGUAGAGAAGCAAGCAUACAUGGGAGUGGAUGUAGCUAUCACAUAUGCGUUGUUGCUAGGAGCUAUCGUAUUAGAAAUCUAUGCAGUUGCCAUAAUACUUUCCUCAGACUGGACAAAACUAUGGCUGAGCAAGCUACGGCCGAGCAAGCAUAAAAGCAUAAUGGUGGGAGUGGUGGAUUACUUGGACAAAGCCAUUUCAUCAAUCCCAUUGAUUAAAAACGAGAGGUGGUCUAAUACUGUGGCACAGUGCAACCUCAUAACUUUUUGUCUUAAAGCUAGGCCAGCAAAGUGUAUUUUAAUCCACAAGGACUUGUACAUAAAUCAGGUGUUAGAGAAGCAUCGAUACAAAGACUUGAAGGUUGAUUGCAAAGAGUUGAAGGAUUUGAUAUAUAAGCAGCUCCAAGACAGAGCUUCUGCUAACUUGGAGGAUUGCAAACAAUUGUGUGCUCUGAGGGUUGACGAGGUGUUUGAAAAAGCAAAUUGUCAAGAGGAACUUAGAUGGACCAUUAAAGAGUUUGACCAAAGCAUCAUUCUCUGGCAUAUUGCAACUGAUAUUUGUUAUCAUUCGGAGCCGAACCCUAAGAGCAGCCCCAGUUGUGAAACCAGUAGGCUGUUGUCAAACUACAUGUUGUAUCUUUUACUCAUGUGCCCCUUCAUGCUGCCGGACGGGAUUGGACAGAUAAGGUUUAGAGACACAUGUGCUGAGACUGAGGAAUUUUUCACAGAAAGAAAAUCCAUAGCGAAUGAGAAAAAUGCUUGCAAAAUGCUACUCAAAGUGAGCACAAAAAUUCUUCCAUCUGAAGUGAAAGGAGACAGAAGCAAGUCGGUUCUAUUUGAUGCAUGCAGGCUUGCUAAAGCUUUGCAAGCGCUGGGAGAUGAGGAAAACGGGGAGAAGAAGUGGGAGUUGAUGAGUGAUGUGUGGGUGGAAAUGCUAUGUUACGCCGCUAACCAGUGCCGAUGGAGUGAUCAUGCUCAGCAGCUCAGGCGAGGAGGAGAGCUGCUCACUCAUGUCUGGCUUCUUAUGGCACAUUUUGGUUUGACUGAAAAGCUCCAAAUUUCAGAGGGCCAUGUCAGGACAAAAUUGACUGUGGAGUAA